ACUUUUCUGGUUAACAUGUUGACACAUUUUAGGCCAUGCUAUUGUAUUGUAAUGUAACCAUUGUUUAAUGCUGAAUAUAUGGUUCAAUGUUAUGUAAAAUGAAAUAUAAUCAAAUGAUGAAAAUGAAACUUAUUUUUUCCAAUUAUGAGGGUACCAUGUCAUCUAUGCGAACAAAUAAAUUAGACAUGGGAAUUUGGAAACAAAUAGAAAAUGACGGUAGCACUAUGUUAAGGGUGAAUCAAUCAAGGUUGUAGAGGGAAUUAUUAGAUUUGAUAUUUUAUUAGCUUCUAAUGAUGGAUUGUAUGUAGCCUUGAUGAUACCAUAAUUCUUUCUGAUGUUCCUUUUCCUAUGCUUAAGGCGUACGAUAAGAAAACCAAACAAUGUGUUUGUAACGUCUCUGUCUCUUUUUUAUAUGUAAACUGCAUUGUUUUUCCGUUUUUGUCUCUACUUUUCUUUUUCCUUUGUUUUUCUCUGUGUUCAUGUAGCUUUUCUUGUCUUUUUUUUAUUCACUGCAUGGAAACAGGUUUUUUGAAUGUCAUACGUGUAAAAUACUAAACAAUGGACGUUUAUGAAGAACUGGAAGUAGCUAAAGCUGAAAUUGAGAAAUUGAAGGUAGAACUAAGAGACAAGACAAAUUCACUUCAGAACUUGAAGAAAUCCUAUGAUGCACAGGCCAAUCACAUACAGAAAGCAAUUUUCAAAGUUGAGAAACUGAAUCAAGAACUGCUUCAAAAGGCAGAAGAAAUAAAUGAAGCAAAGCAGAUAUAUGAGUGUCUCAAUGUGAAUUUAAACUAUAAAGAGUCCAACAUCAAAUGUCUCAGUGCCGCAAAUGACAAACAUGGAUCAGAUUGUGAUGAGAAAGCAGCAUGUUUGAUGAGGCAGGUUGAGUUCUAUGGACUAACCAAGGAACUGCAGCAUUUGCCACAAAAUGAACUUGACAUGCACAAGGAAAUGCUGGAAGAAUCAACCAGGUGUCAAUCUCUCCUCAAAGAGGAGGUUUUGCAGAUGGAAAUUAGUUUCAAAGAAGAACUUAAGAAAGUUUAUGAUGCUUUAGAGAGGGCAAAUAUUGAAUUGGAUGAGACCAUAUGUGAAAGAAGUGAAAUGGAGUUCGAAUUGCAAAUAUGGAAAUCAUUUGUUAAACAUUUGAAAAAUGAUCUUGAAGAAAAUCAUGUCAUGCGUAAAGAACUGGAAAAAUCACUGCUUUCACAAGUAGAGUUUAGUGAAAGCCUCAAGCUUGAGAUAGAUAGCUUGGUUUAUAGGUUGGAAGAGAAAGAGAACAAAAUAGAUUAUCUGAAGCAACAUGUUUUCCUAUUUGAACAAGAACCUAAAGUAAAGGAAACAAAAGCUUUUGUUCCAGCAAGUGAGGAAACAGCUGUGUCCUAUGAACCUGUUGAAGGGAGAUAUCUCCAAAUCAUAGAGGAGAAGGAUAGGAUUUUAGAGGAGUUACAAAAAGUGAUUCUUAGGUUAGAACAAGAAUCAUUUAGAAGAGAACUUGAAAGUGAUGUAAUUGCAAAAGGCCACAACAUGGAAAUAACCAAUGAGCUUGAGAAAGAGAAUCCUAUGCAUUUUACAAAGGGAGAAAGUAUGAAAACAGAUGAUCUCAUGCAGCAGGUGAAUUCACUGGAACAAAAGUACACUAGCUUGUUGAUCUCUGUUUCUUCACAGCUUGCUGAGAAACAGGCUGAAAUCAAUCAGGUCCAAGAAGCUUGUGAUAUGAUCACAGCAGCUGAGGUUCUAGCUGCGCUUGAAAUUGAAGAGAAAAAAUUGAUGAUAGAGGAACUAGAGGAUGAUAUCCAUGAAAUGGAAAAGAAACUAAAAUUGCAGGAGGAAAACUGGAGUCAAACAAAAGAGUUAGCAUUGGAUAUUGAAGCAGAAAUGGAUGCAAAACUGUUAAAAAUAAAGGAGUUGACUGAUCAAAUGGAGAACAAGCUCAGAGGCUCAGAUGCUUUUCUUCAAAAAAUCAAGCUAGAGAAUAGAAGUUCGCUUGAAAAUGCCACAAGAUUGUCAUCAGAAAGGGAAAAUUGUCAUAAAAUGUGUGAGUGCACUACUGCAGACACUCAACUAAUGGAUACAUUGAGAAGCUUAGUGCAAUCUUUUGAGAAUGAUUGUCUAGGAAUGAAUUUUAAAAAGGAUGAUGACUUGCUUGUAAAAGAGAAUAUGAUAAUGCAUUCUCCCACAGGGAUAAAGAAACCUGAAACCUUUUCUUAUAUAAGGUCACCAUUAAAGGAGCCCAACAAUUAUUUGCAAUUGGGAAAAUAUUUUCUAGCUUGAUAGAGGAAUGGAAUAUGCAUCUCUUAGAUUUUAGCAAAAAUGUCAUGCAGCUUUUAGUAUGAACAUUACUAGGUUGUAUAUGAAACUCGUUAAACCUUGUGGAUUAUUUUUUUGUUGGGUUUCAAUGCUAUUCUUCAACAAAUUACACCUACAACAUUUUAUAGAAACCAUGUUUUCCACCCUCAUGAGACAUAUACAAGGUAUAUUAUACACCAGCCUUUGAUCUAUACUCACAAAACCUUUUCUCUUUCAUAGAAUUUUACAGUUUGUAAAACGUUUUCGUACUUUUUAAUUUUAAUCACAAGAAAAUAUUUAACUUUUUCUUAACUUCAUUCCAAAACAUACAAAACUCAUUUGUUUAACUAAAAAAAAUUCCUUUAUUCUUAAUAAAUAGUCAAUAUCACAUCAAGUCAGUAUACUUGGAUGUAUACAAACUGGUCUUAUGAAUUAAUUAUUGAUCCUUGAUUUCAUUCAUUACAUGUUUGGCUGGGUUAGUGUUUUAUUUUUAUUUUUUUAAGUAUACUAUUAUUUUACAGAUUAAUCUUUGAAGAAAUAAGUACUUUAAGAAAAGUAAUUAACAAAUUAAUAAAUAAAAAAUUUACAAUAUUGCAUUAAAAACCACGUAUUGAAAAUCAUGAUUAAGUUAUAUUAGAAAUCAUAAUAGAACAUACGGAUAUUACUUUUCUCUAAAAUUUUGUAUUCUUCAACCAGUAUUUUAAGAUAAAUUAUUAACAUUUUUUUAAGCUCUUUUUUUAAAAAGAACUAGUAUAAUAACCAUUAAUUUUUUUAAAAAUAAGAUAAACUAAAUAUGUAAUAAAUAUUAUUCUUUUUUGGGGGGGUAAGAGGAAAAGCCACGGAUAGGACCAAAGAUACUGCAAGAUCUAACCGUCUCAGCAGGCGAUAUUA